AUGGAACACGACGAUCUGACGGUGCAAGGCGGGCGUAUGACGAGCCAGCGAGAGGGCCAUGAAACACCCUCGAUUGACCGGCCGGCAGAGCACGACAACGUAGUCGCGGUGAAUACGACGCCAUCGUGUUCAGCUCAAGUACCCGUGGCCGUCGAAGGAUCGCCCCAGAGCGAAGGGAGGCUAAGCCACCGAGGCGAGCAAACUAUGCAAACCCCGUGGGGAUAUUUUCCGGUAAGAUACACGAACGUCGGUACGCCGAACGUGACACCGCAGAUAGCCCGGCCGCUCCCUAACCAGAAAUCGACAAGCACACAAAACGAUCAUACGCAACCGGACUUCGCGGGAGGCGUCAAUGAUGGCGCAUCCAACUCAGCGAUGGCGAACACUCAUCGGACAGUGACCCCUGGCUGGUUAAUGACCUCCGAGCAGGAACUACGAAGGAAGCAGCUUGAGCUUGAUCGUUCUAAAAUCGAAGUGCAACAACGUUUAGUGGAACUCCGCGAGCGUGAGCUGGAGUUAUUAAAAAUAGGUCGAGUAGAUACGCGCGAACCACGUACCGAAUUGGAAAAGGCGAGUGCAUGGCUGCUGAACAAAGAAAAUGGUGUUUCUAUUGACGCUGCGGAAAGGCCCAUCGGAACCUUCGAAAAGGUCCAACGCUCUCGAUAUGCGGAUAACCCGACCACAGCCACACGAAACCCAGCAACGUUAUACGAAGCAACUACGCCAUGUGAUCCGGAUUUCCGGGAGUGGCAACGCGCGCUCGAUGAACUUCUGUCGCGAGAUCCUCGCAACAGGCACAAGACGACGCACGGAAACGGUAACAACUUUGGACACAGCACUUUGGCACAACCAUUCGGACACGAGUAUCAACACGGCACAUCGGCACAAACACACGCUCAAUUUUACGGACACAGCACCUCUUCACCACCCCGCGUACAAGAUCGCGGAUACAACACUUUCGCACAGCCUCACGGACCCGUUCACCAGGCUAGCGCAUUUACACAUCCACACACGAUCGCACCUGGAACUCACCCGUACAACCCGUUGACUGAUGGACAUGCAGGAACGUUCGGAUAUUCCGGAUACACAUUCUUGAGCCAAUCCCAAAUUGCCGCACGAAAGGCCAGCGGAAGAGAGUUGCCUACCUUCUCAGGAUCGGCAGAACAGUGGCCACUCUUUAUUGCAAGCUACGAGCACUCUACGGCGGUCUGCGGUUAUUCCGACGAUGAAAACCUGAUGAGGUUGCAGAAAGCGUUGAAAGGAGCUGCAUUGGAAGCGGUGAGUUCGUUGCUGUUGCUGCCAUCGGGAUUGAAGGACGCUAUAGCCACACUCAAGCUGCGCUUCGGUAGACCAGAUGUGAUUGUGGACGCGUUGAUAGAGAAAGUGAGGAGCAUGCCAGCACCAAGAGCCGAUAGACUGGAGACUUUGGCCGACUUUGGAUUCGCGGUACGAAACAUGUGUGCGACCAUCAGGGCGUCUGGGCUGCCCGAAUACACAUGCAACGUAGUCCUGAUGAAGGAGCUGGUAUCGAAACUGCCGCCGACGACCUGCAUCGAGUGGGCGAGACAUCAACAGCGGUUACCCAGCGUAACGUUGACGGAGUUCGGGAGUUGGAUCAGCGACCUGGCAGAGGCUCUUAGUAGAGUGGUUCCCGUAAGAUCUGACGGACCGUCAGACACAGACCGCCGGCGCAGUGGGAAACCUUCACGACCAGAGCAGCGUCAUCCGACCACCACGCACAUGAACAUGCACGCUACAGCCCCGAGCGGUAAGUACGCUCCUCCUACACCUAAAUGUUCCGCAUGCCAGGGAGAGUGUGCAAGCCUAGUUGAUUGUCAACGUUUCCUCGAGAUGACGGUAGCUGCAAGAAAGGAACACGUAAGUGAAUGUAAACUGUGCCGAAAAUGUUUAAAAUGUCAUAAGGGUUGGUGCCAUCUUAAAACGCUCUGUGGUUUGAACGGCUGCGAGGCGAUGCAUCACAAGCUGCUUCAUGGGGCCUUGAGUACCAGUAACGCGCCGGAGAAGCACUGUUUAACGCACUCCGGCUCAAAUGAUCGCACCUUGUUCCGGUAUGUCCCGGUAAUGAUACGUGGUAAAGACGGCAGAGUGGUUCACACAUUCGCGUUUCUCGACGAAGGAUCAUCGUCGACCUUUAUGGACCACAGUCUGAUGGAAGAGUUGGGUUUGAGUGGUAUGUCCCGGCCGUUGUGUCUCAAGUGGACAGGAGAUACAACCAAAGAUGAAAAGGCCUCCGUCCAAUUAGCGGUGCAGAUCUCUGGUGCGUACAAAGGGGCUCCCGUACACGACUUGGCUAAGGUGCACACCGUUGCCAAUCUAGCGUUACCCUCACAGUCGAUUGAUAUGCAACAAUUGGAAGCAGCGUACCCACACCUGAAACGUCUGCAGCUAACUUCUUACGCAAAUGCUGUACCUCGACUUCUAAUUGGUGUAGACAACUGUAGAUUGGGAAAAUCUCUAAAAUGUAUAGAAGGAAGGAUGAACGAACCAAUUGCAUCAAAAACGCGCCUGGGCUGGAUUAUAUACGGACCGUGUCCAAUUGCAACCGCUAACGUGACUGGAGGUCACAGAAACUUUCAUAUUUGCAGAUGCGAGGGAAACAACGAUGAUCUGCUGACGGCUGAGGUCAAGGCAUAUCCCUCUCUGGAUUCGCUCGGUAUCACUAAACUUCCGCGUCAACUCAAAUCCAAGCACGAUGAACAGGCGUUGCCGAUACGUAGCGAGGAAACGAAGCUGCAGGGUGACAGGUUCGAAACAGGACAACGUUGGAAAUACGACGACAACCGCUUGCCGUGUAACCAAACUGCCGCCUUGAAACGCCACGUGAUCCCGAAGUUGACAAAAACACCGGAUCUAACACCAAGUCGCUGGUUCAACGAGCCGAGUUUCCUAUGGGACCCAGAGUCGAACUGGCCGAUGUGGAAAAGGCUUCUGCGAGCAGUAGGAUAUGUGGUAAGAUUCAUUGCUAACGUCCGUCGUGCCAUGCGGAGACACAUCUUUUUAGGAGGACCACUAACGCAGAAGGAACGGGCGCAAGCUGAGUGUAUUCUGUUUAGCAGAAUACAAGCAGAUGUUUAUGCACGCGAGCUAUGUUGCCUGAAAAGGGAGCCAGCCCGGUCGCGGCCAUGGAAGAGCAGACCGCGUUACAAAUUUUCGCCGGUAGCACACGAAGUAGUGAGGAUGCGAGGACGACUAUCCGGUAGCUUGAACGUCAGCGAAACACUCCGCCAAAGGGGAGUUAUAUUUACCUGUCGGACGUCCCGAGCGAUGCACCUGGAGAUGGCUCAUUUACUGAUCACGGCUUCCUGUAUCAUGGCGAUUCGACGUUUUGUUCGAGGUGGAAAACCCUGGGAGAUGAUUUCGAAUUUCGUCGGUUCGGCACGGGAACUGGAUGAGGCACUUCAAGCUGUUGAUGUCGACGCGCUGAUGGCUGAAUUUGCUGGCACGGAUAUGAAGUGGAGCUUCAACCCGCCGGCUGCCCCACACUUCGGCGGAUGCUGGGAGCGGUUGGUCCGCUCUGUAAAGAAGGUUCUAGGUCAGUUCAAUUUACCACGGAACCCGACGGAUGAAGUCCUGAUGUCCGCGUUCACCGAAAUCGAGGUCGACAUCAAUUCGAGACUACUGACAUACGUACCAUCGAAGCCGCCCGUCGUAUUUACCGAAGGUGGUGCCGUCGUGAAAUCAGCUUGGCGAGCCGCUCAGCACUUCGCCGGCUUAUUCUGGAAGAGGUGGAUAGCCGAAUAUCUUUCUAGGUUGACCCGUCGAUCGAAGUGGUUCGAAAACGUGCGGCCAAUCCAGCUGGGUGACACAGUAGUAGCAAUCGAUAACUGUUUACCGCGCAACAGUUGGCCAAAAGCUCGUGUGAUCGCGGUAUUUAGGGCCGAAGAUGGUAAAGUGAGAUAG